GGAGGGAGGAGAAGAUCGGAGCGGCGCGGAGGGCGGGCGCGCGAGCGCGGCUCAGGAGGGAGCCCAGGCGAUUGCGGCGCGCCCGCUCCCGCCUCCUCCGCCUCCGCGGCCGCUCGGCGCGGGCCCCGGGCGGGAUGGGCUGGCCCGGGGGCUCCCCCUGCUGCUGCCCCGCCCCGCCGCGCACCCGCCCCGCCGGGCGCCCCCCGCAGGGGAAGCGGCUGCCUCCGCCAGGCCGCUUCCAGGAAGCCCCGGGCCAGGCCCGAGCAUUGUUUGGGCCCAACGGCCAGCACCCCAGCCAGCAGGACACCAUGAAGUCCAGCGGCCCCGUGGAGCGGCUGCUCAGAGCCCUGGGGAGGAGGGACAGCAGCCGGGCCACAAGCAGGCCUAGGAAAGCUGAGCCACAUAGCUUCAGGGAGAAGGUUUUCCGGAAAAAAACACCAGUUUGUGCAGUGUGUAAGGUGAUCAUCGAUGGGACAGGCGUCUCAUGUAGAGUCUGCAAGGUGGCGACACACAGAAAAUGUGAAGCAAAGGUGACUUCAUCUUGUCAGGCCCUGCCUCCUGCAGAGCUGCGGAGAAACACAGCCCCUGUAAGGCGCAUAGAGCACCUGGGAUCCACCAAGUCUCUGAACCACUCAAAGCAGCGCAGCACUCUGCCCAGGAGCUUCAGCCUGGACCCGCUCAUGGAGCGCCGCUGGGACUUGGACCUCACCUACGUGACGGAGCGCAUCCUGGCCGCCGCCUUCCCCGCACGGCCCGACGAGCAGAGACACCGUGGCCACCUGCGCGAGCUGGCUCACGUGCUGCAAUCCAAGCACCGCGACAAGUACCUGCUCUUCAACCUUUCGGAAAAGAGACAUGACCUGGCCCGCCUGAACCCCAAGGUCCAGGACUUUGGCUGGCCUGAGCUGCACUCACCCCCCCUGGACAAGCUGUGCUCCAUCUGCAAAGCUAUGGAGACGUGGCUCAGUGCUGACCCACAGCACGUGGUUGUACUGUACUGCAAGGGGAGCAAGGGCAAGCUCGGGGUCAUUGUCUCUGCCUACAUGCACUACAGCAAGAUCUCUGCAGGGGAUGGGAGACCAGAAUGGAGACAGCCCCUGAUCCCCCACUGGGGCUCUGCAAUCUCCAGGGCAGACCAGGCACUGGCUACUCUCACCAUGAGGAAGUUCUGUGAGGACAAGGUGGCAGCAGAACUGCAGCCCUCCCAGCGCCGAUAUAUCAGCUACUUCAGUGGUCUGCUGUCUGGCUCCAUCAGAAUGAACAGCAGCCCUCUCUUCCUGCACUAUGUGCUCAUGCCUGUGCUGCCAGCCUUUGAACCUGGCACUGGCUUCCAGCCCUUCCUCAAGAUCUACCAGUCCAUGCAGCUCGUCUACACAUCUGGAAUCUAUCACAUUGCCAGCCCUGGGCCCCAGCAGCUUUGCAUCAGCCUGGAGCCAGCCCUCCUCCUCAAAGGCGAUGUCAUGGUGACAUGCUAUCACAAGGGUGGCCGGGGGACAGACCGGACCCUUGUGUUCCGAGUCCAGUUCCACACAUGCACUAUCCAUGGCCCACGGCUUACCUUCCCCAAGGACCAGCUGGAUGAGGCCUGGACUGAUGAAAGGUUCCCCUUCCAAGCUGCGGUGGAGUUCGUCUUUUCCUCCAGCCCUGAGAAGAUCAAAGGUAAUAUCCCGCGGAACGACACCUCAGUCUCUGUGGACUACAACACCUCAGAGCCUGCUGUGCGCUGGGACUCCUACGAGAACUUCAACCAGCACCAUGAGGAUAGCAUGGAUGGCUCCCUGACCCACACCCGGGGACCCCUGGAUGGCAGUCCUUAUGCCCAGGUGCAGCGGGCCCCCCGCGAGACCCCACCGGCACCCUCUCCAGAGCCGCCUCCACCCCCCAUGCUCUCUGUCAGCAGCGACUCUGGCCAUUCAUCCACGCUGACUACGGAGCCAACUGCCGAGUCCCCUGGCCGGCCACCCCCGACGGCUGCUGAACGGCAGGAGCUAGAUCGCCUCCUGGGAGGCUGUGGAGUGGCCAGUGGGAGCCGAGGAGCUGGGCGUGAGACGGCCAUCCUAGAUGAUGAAGAGCAGCCCCCCGUGGGUGGAGGCCCCCACGUUGGGACGUAUUCCGGCCACAGACCUGGCCUCAGCCGCCACUGCUCCUGCCGCCAGGGCUACCGGGAGCCCGGUGGGGUCCCCAAUGGGGGCUACUACCGGCCAGAGGGAACGCUGGAGAGGCGGCGGCUGGCCUAUGGGGGCUACGAAGGGUCCUCCCAGGGCUAUGCCGAGGCCUCUAUGGAGAAGCGGCGCCUCUGCCGAUCACUGUCAGAGGGGCCGUACCCCUAUCCACCUGAGCUGGGGAAACCGGCCAGUGGGGACUUUGGAUACCGCUCCCCAGGCUACCGGGAGAUGGUGAUCCUGGAGGACCCUGGGCUCCCUGCCCUGUGCUCAUGCCCUGCCUGUGAGGAAAAGCUGGCACUGCCCACGGCAGCCCUAUAUGGGCUGCGACUGGAGAGGGAAGCUGGAGAGGGGUGGGCGAGUGAGGCUGGUAAGCCUCUCCUGCACCCAGUGCGACCUGGGCACCCACUGCCCCUGCUGGUGCCUGCCUGUGGGCACCACCAUGCCCCGAUGCCUGAAUACAGCUGCCUAAAGCCACCCAAGGCAGGCGAGGAAGGGCAUGAGGGCUGCUCCUAUGCCAUGUGCCCCGAGGGCAGGUAUGGGCAUCCAGGAUAUCCUGCCCUGGUGACAUAUGGCUAUGGAGGAGUAGUUCCCAGUUACUGCCCCGCAUAUGGCCGGGUGCCCCACAGCUGUGGGUCUCCAGGUGAGGGUAGAGGGUAUACCAGCUCUGGUGCCCACUCCCCACGGGCUGGCUCCAUUUCCCCGGGCAGCCCGCCCUACCCACAAUCCAGGAAGCUGAGCUACGAGAUCCCUGCAGAGGAGGGAGGGGACAGGUAUCCACUGCCCAGGCACCUGGCCCCAGCAGGACCCUUGGCAUCCGCAGAGUCACCGGAGCCAGCAGCCUGGAGGGAGGGCCCCAGUGGACACAGCACCCUGCCUCGGUCUCCCCGCGAUGUGCAGUGCAGUGCCUCUUCUGAGUUGUCUGGUCCCUCCACACCCCUCCACACCAGCAGUCCAGUCCAGGGCAAGGAGAGUGCCCGACGGCAGGACACCAGGUCCCCCAGCUCGGUGCCCACUCAGAGACUGAGUCCUGGCGAGAUCUUACCACCUGUUUCCCAGGGAGGCAGUGAAAAGGCUCCUGAGCUGCCAGCAAGAAGUGGGCUUGAGCCUCCAGCCCCUAGACUCUUCUCCUCAGCCUCCCCUCCCAACUCACCCAGCGACUGGCCUCAAGAAAGAAGCCCAGGGGGCCCCUCAGACAGUGCCAGUCCACGGGGCCCCGUGCCCACCACGCUGCCCGGCCUCCGCCAUGCCACCUGGCAGGGCCUUCGAGAUCCCCCAGACAGCCCAGAUGGCUCCCCACUCACUCCUGUGCCUACCCAGAUGCCCUGGCUUGUGGCCAGCCCUGAGCCUCCUCAGAGCUCACCCACACCUGCAUUCCCCCUGGCUGCAUCCUAUAUCAAUGGCCCCACCCAGCCCCCACUCCCUGAGAAACGCCACCUGCUGGGGCCUGGGCAACAGUCAGGACCCUGGGACUCAGAGCAGGCAUCACCACCAGCCAGAGGCACCAGCCACCAUGUCACCUUUGCACCUCUGCUCCCAGAUAACACCCAGCAAUCCCCAGAGCCCCCUGUGCAAGAAAGCCAGAGCAAUGUCAAGUUUGUCCAGGAUACGUCCAAGUUCUGGUAUAAGCCACACCUGUCCCGUGACCAAGCCAUCGCCCUGCUGAAGGACAAGGACCCUGGGGCCUUCCUGAUCAGGGACAGUCAUUCAUUCCAAGGAGCCUAUGGGCUGGCCCUCAAGGUGGCUACACCACCACCCAGUGCCCAGCCCUGGAAAGGAGACCCCUUGGAACAGCUGGUCCGCCAUUUUCUUAUUGAGACUGGGCCCAAAGGGGUGAAGAUCAAGGGCUGUCCCAGUGAGCCCUACUUUGGCAGUCUGUCUGCCCUGGUCUCCCAGCACUCCAUCAACCCCCUGUCCCUGCCCUGCUGCCUGCACAUUCCCAGCAAAGAUCCUCUGGAGGAGACCCCAGAGGCCUCAGUGCCCACCAACAUGAGCACAGCAGCAGACCUCCUACGUCAGGGCGCUGCCUGCAGUGUGCUCUACCUGACCUCCGUAGAGACGGAGUCACUGACGGGCCCCCAGGCAGUGGCCAAGGCCAGCUCUGCAGCUCUGAGCUGCAGCCCCCGCCCGACACCAGCCGUGGUCCACUUCAAGGUCUCAGCCCAGGGCAUCACACUGACAGACAACCAAAGGAAGCUCUUCUUUCGCCGCCAUUACCCAGUGAGCAGCAUCACGUUCUCCAGCACCGACCCUCAGGACCGGAGAUGGACCAACCCUGAUGGCACCACCUCCAAGAUCUUUGGUUUUGUGGCCAAGAAGACAGGAAGCCCCUGGGAGAAUGUGUGUCACCUCUUUGCUGAGCUUGACCCAGAUCAGCCUGCAGGCGCCAUCGUCACCUUCAUCACCAAAGUUCUACUGGGCCAGAGAAAAUGAAGGCAGGCCGCAGUCAGAGCCUACAACAGCACCACGCCCCUCUCAGCAGCCCACAGUCCUCACUUCCCCUGGCCCGACCAAGGAGACCCAGACACCAGUCCCCUUCCUUGGGAAUGGGGAGCAGGGAUCAGCCUGGGACACUGCUCUCCUUCCCCGCCCCCAGCCUGCUAAGCUAAGUGGACAGGCCCAUGAGGUGACCUUGCACGUGAGCAGAUGGCAGAGAUGGGCAUGUGAAGGGUGAGGAGGCAUCAGCAGUUGAGCCCUGGAGGGGAUCAGUCCAGCCCCACCUGCAGGACAUCAGCCCCUGAAGUGUAAAGAGGCCAUGCCAACCCCACCCAGUGGCAGGUCCCAGGAGGGCAGGAAGAGGGGGAACCUGGAGAGUAAGGCACUCCCUCCUCUACCUCCCCCUCUGAGCAGAGAGAUCAGAGUGGGAGCACAUGAAAAGGAGGGAAAAGAGUCUAUUUUUGUCUAAUAAUAAAGAAUUUCUAUAUCA